AUGGGGCGAACAUACUCAGAACGCGCAGUUUUGACAGAAACAACUCGAACUGCCCCAUCUCGACCUAGAAUACACUGUGUAACACGAGCCAGUUCCCACUUAGCAGGGGGAAGAUUGAUUGCCCGCCAUGGAGAUCGAACACCAAACGAAAAAACUGAAGGUUACCCAAAUGAUCCUUAUACAAAUCAAAUCUUUGACGGAAAAUUAACCAAGAGGGGCAGAAAAAGAGAACUUGCUUUAGGUAACUUCCUUCGUACUAAAUACAAUGCAUUUUUGGGACCUUCUUACAUCCCUGGAUCUAUAGACGCUAGAAGUACGGAUCUCAAUCGUACCAAAGAAUCUUUAGACUUGAUUUUGAAGGGGUUGAUGCCACAUGCGGUGGUACCUACAAAAUUUGAUUCUAAAUUACAAGACGUCAUGCUUGUACCAUACAUGUGUCCUGGAUACACAAUUGAGUACUGGGCAGCAAAGAGAAACACAAGAAAAGAGUUUAAAAAGUUAAAAAGGUUCAGAAAACAUUUAAGCAAGUGGACAGGCAAAAAGAUCAAAUCGUCGCUUGAUAUAUAUCGAAUUUACACGACUUUGGAAUGUGAAAAGUUUAUGAAUCUUAAAUUGCCAUCUUGGACUGAGGGUGUUUAUCCAGAUGGCGAUCUUCUUAAAGGAACUCUUUUAGAAUUUGAUCGAAUGAAUCAUAGCCAAAGUAUGAGAAGACGAAACGGUGGCAGGUUGAUCAAAAAAUGCAAAGAAGAUAUGGACUCUGUAGUACAUGGUUUCAUGGAUAAAAACCGAAAGAUUAUUAUUUAUGGUGCUCAUGAUCUUAACAUUGUUGCAGUUUUGAAGUCCUUAGGUGUUUUCUUUCCACAUGUACCCAAAUUUUCCAGUGCUGUAAUUUUAGAAUUAUAUCAUAUGGACAAACCUCAUAAACAUUAUUAUGUGAAGGUAAAUUAUUAUUUAGGCAUACCACCAGUCAUGAAAACUUUACAGAUUCCUAACUGUGAAAUAUUAUGUCAAUUAGACCUAUUUAAUACACUGAUGGAGGAUGUUAUGCCACAUAGCGAAUAUGUCAUAUGCGACGAAGGCCGAAAAGCUCUUCACGCAAUUGGAAAAGUCGCUUCUGCUUUCGGACAAUCAGUCAAAAAUGUGUUCUCAAAAUAA